GGAUUUUUAUUUUUGUCCAUGACCCAAGAAUUUUGUUCGGAUCAAAGGAGAGAGGAACCAGAAAAAAUGGAAGUGAAGGGUUCGUCGAAGAAGAUGAUUGCAACGCAGGAAGAAAUGGUGGCGAACAAGGUGCCGAUCCCAUACAGAGACCAUUGCGCUCACCUUUUGAUCCCACUCAACAAGUGCCGGCAAGCCGAGUUCUACUUGCCUUGGAAAUGCGAGAACGAACGCCACUCGUACGAGAAGUGCGAGUACGAGCUCGUCAUGGAGAGGAUGCUGCAGAUGCAGAAGAUCCGUGAGGAAGAGGCCAAAUUCAAACAGGCGGGGAAACAAGGCGGAUCCAUCCCUCUCAUCCCCAAAACCGCUGAUACUUAAGCUACCUCCACGGAAGGUUUUUAACAGCUUUGGUGGAUGUCGGCAUUGCUAUUCGAAUCCGAUCGAGAGUAAGAACUGUAUUGUCCUGAACUCAUGUAAAAGGGAUACCAUUUCCUUGUUUAUGGAAUAAAUUUGCUCAUCAA